AUGCCCCGCCGCACUUCCGCUCGUAGUGCCAUUGCUCAUGCUGCGCUAAACUCAUCUACACGGUCUGCCACCGUUCCUCCUCGAUCUCUUCCCGAAAAUCUCGUCGUUCUCAGAAAGCAGUGGAAAUGGGCGGCAUUUAGUCAAUUCUUCUUCACUUUCUCCCCCUUGUUUGCCAUGGACGAUGUCUCCCUGAAGGAUGUGGAAGACGACUUGUAUAUGGGCAGCUCUCUCGUAUUACCGCGUAUCAUGGUCAGACUUCUGUAUACCCUCUCCUAUGACCGGAAAGUCAAUCUGAACAACUGGCAAACCACAUUACGACGCCAAUACACCAAACGCGAUCCCAUAGCUAACCCCAUAGGUCCCGAGCCUAUCAAAGAAGAUGAUUACGCCCGUGAAUUAACUUCUCCAGAGCCUCCUUCGACUAAAGAAGGGACAAAUGAGCCUACCGAUGAUACGGUGGUUAGGAGUAAACCCUCUUCUCGAGAACACUCGAUGUUUCCCGAGAAUGGCAAGGCGCCCAUGGUCAAGCCUGAAGAUGACUUUACUACAUCAACCACCUCCCGAGAGAAGUAUCAUCCGUCAAAGGCAAAAGACAAUGCUCCAGAAGAAGAGUCGAAGGAUUGGCUCUCUCUAAAUAUGUUAGAAAAAUUGGACUCUCUUCACUUGUUGACCGAAUGGCAAUUCCAAAGUCCGAAGCGUGUGCGUAUGUUGAUGAAAAGUGACGAUGAUCAGGCUUCUUGGCGAAUUGAGCCAAUAGGCUAUGAUGCCAAGCGCAAUGCUUACUGGCUUAUCGGUGCCGACCGCCUAUGGAUCCAGCGUGUUCCACCUAAACCCCCCAGACCACCCCCCAAACACUCUUUGAAACGCAAACGAAUCGUGGACACGAAUCAAACAAAGACGAAGUUAUCUUCAACAAAGCGACUUCGUUUACAAAGUACUAUCGAAAGCGAUAGAAACGUUGCCAAAUCAGCUGUAGAACCUGUCCCUAGCACCAGUGGGCGGCACGGUCGCGCAGCGAAGGAUCAAGCAAACCUAAAACUCGAUGCCCAAGCUAAAGAGCUAGCCGAACUCAAUAGGCAAGCUGCUCUUUUGGCCUCCCAUAGUCCUGGAAGCAACCGUAAAUCAUCCACUCGUGGUGCAUCAUCUGCGAAGUUAUCGUCCUCGCCCGCUCGCCCAACUCGAGGCACAUCGUCUGCACGUCCACUUGGUACACGUCAAAGUGCAAGGCUCAGAGGAUCAGAUGACGAUGAAUGGCAAGCUAUACCUGAUGAAUGGCUACAGAAUGAUGAAGAUGGCGAUAUGGAAGAGAAAGGCAAGGAUAAACGCGGAUCGCCCAGUCUUCGGAGCGUCUCGAGUAUCAGUGAAUUGACGGAGCUCAGCGAAGAGGAAGAAAUCCCAACGCCAGCAGAGGAAACACGAAUCAUGGAGGAACCUGUCUCUCCUGAUAAAUCACAAGAAAAUGUUUCGAUGACUCAAGAAUUUGUUGAAUGGGAAACUAUUGCUGUUACACUCUUCGAGUGGGAACACAUAGCCGAACGUUGGCAAAACGCUACUCAUUACUCUGAAAAGGCUCUUUGCAAGGUUCUUAAAAAUCAUAUCGUGCCCAUCAUCACGGAAGAGCUCAGAGACGUCGAGGUUAAACGCCAGAAAGAAGAAUCUAUAACUCAGCGCAAGCGAUCAUCUCGCAUCGCUAUUAGGGAAAGCGAAAAAGAAGAGGUUCGGCUCGCCGCCAAGAAGAAAGCAGAGGAGGAAGAGAAGAUGAGCAGAGCCAAACGUCUGGAAGCGAGACAACGGAAGGAGGAAGCAGAAAGGAUCAAACGAGAGACGGCACGAGAACAGAGGAGGAAGGAACGGGAAGAAAAGGAGGAAAGGGAAGCCCGCGAAGCUGAAGAAAAAGAAAAGAAAGAGCAACAGAAGGCUGAAAGGGCAGCAGGGAGGGCGAAGCAGCGAUCAUCGCAAUCCAAACCCGUUACUCAACCUUUCGGGUCAGACAGUGUGCUAUUACUGCACCCUCCAGGAGGGUCUCACUACAGCUCUAUAAAUGGGUCUACUAACAACUCAAGAAAUUCGCGCACAUCUGCAGGCGAUGACUGGGAACUCGACUGCGAAAUUUGUAAUCGCCACGGAAAAAAUCUUGAUGAACGUGUGCCGCUGCUAUGUUGUGCAUUAUGUUCAAGAUGGCAACACAUCUCUUGUCAUGACCAAGCUGAUUUGCAAGCAGGUCGUCCACGACGGAAUUGGGACCAGGACGAGUUUAUAUGUCGUCGAUGUCGAAUGGAUGCUCAUAAUAGCAAUCAAAAUGGAACACAGAUGCAGUAUCCACAAGCCAUGAACAUGUAUCCUUCACUACGCUCUUCCGUGCCGUCUCCGUAUAACCAGGUCCCGUAUGGGCAGGGUCUGGGAUUGGACUCAGGAGCUCCUCACACAAGUAACGGUUAUAUUGACGCGCCUAUGACGAAUGGAAGUAGAGCCUACGGAACAACAGAUGUCCGCUCCUCUCAAACUUAUAUGGAUCGCUCCAAUGCAGGUCCGAACUCCAAGCAGAUAUUGUUCUCGCACUACCAGCCCCAACAGCACGACUUUGUUCGCAAUGAACAUGAGCAAAGAGGCCCACAGGAUUUGUUAACCGCAUACGGACAUUCGGCCCAUUCAUACAAUCACUACGGAAACAAUAAUUCUUCUAACGAGAUGGCUGAGUGGAAUGAGACAUCGACCAACCAUGCGUACGAAUACUCUUCGACAUCUUCGUCGACACCAUCUAUUUCCAUGCCUCAUAAUAGCAUUGAAAGAACUAGCGUCGUACCCGAGUCUUCGUCGCGACAUAUUUCCCACAACAAACCUGCGUAUUACCAGCAGCAGGAGGAAUGGAAUUCACAUUCUAGUAGUGCUGAACGAUUAAACGCAAUCUCCAAUUCCUCAUCACAUCCUAUUCCUCAUGACCUGCCUACUCAUCAUCAGCAGCAGCAGCAAUGGCACUCUCGUCACCCCACUGCUGCUUCCUCACAAAUGCUCUCACAGAGUAACAUGCCAUUUGCAACAUCCCCAUCACCAUUGCAAUCACAUCCUUUGUAG